AGCAAGUCUACGCUUGGAUGGCCCAUCAAUCGUGCAAACGUAAAACCGGGGUAUCAUUUACCUCUUCAAUCCUUGCGCGUUUACAGUUGUCGUGUCAGGGGUUGGGGAGGAGAGACAGAGUGAGAGGAGGCAGUGUUUUUGUUUCGGAGGACUUCGCGUAACCGGGCGGCGGAGGGCCGGGCUCGACUUUCGCGGUGAAUCCCAGAGCGACAUCGGGCCUUGAGGUCGUGGUAGGCAGCCAGGAGUUCUCAGAGCAGCCUGACCGUCUGGAAUACUGCAAACAUAAUGGGAGAUGACAUGGAAAUAAAUCCUUUUUGUGAUAUCCAGACAUAUCAAACUGAAGGGAUAAACAACUGGUCUUUAAGCAAUAAGGUAGUAACUGUAACACCCUCCAGAUCAGAAAUGCCUUUUCAAAUCAGAGGGCAAAAGGGAAGGAUCCUUACCCCUGAAGAAGCAGAAAAGCUCAUGAAAGAUCAGACCUUAGUGUCAGAUUUUAAGCAACAGAAGCUUGAAAGAGAUGCACAGAAGAACUGGGAUUUAUUUUACAAAAGAAACAGUACAAAUUUCUUCAAAGACAGGCAUUGGACAACCAGGGAAUUUGAAGAACUGAAAGCAUGUAGAGAAUUUGAGAAUCAAAAACUAAUUGUCUUGGAAGCUGGCUGUGGAGUUGGGAACUGCUUAUUCCCUCUUUUAGAGGAUGAUCUGAAUGUCUUCAUUUACGCGUGUGAUUUCUCUCCUCGAGCGAUAGAAUUUGUGAAGCAAAAUCACUUAUAUAAUGCUGAACGAUGUAAAGCCUUUCAGUGUGAUCUAACUAAGGACAGUUUACUGAAGAAUGUACCAGCAGACUCCGUCGAUGUUGUAACACUGAUCUUCGUGCUUUCUGCUAUUCAUCCUGACAAGAUGCAGCUGGCAUUAGAAAAUAUAUAUAAAAUACUGAAACCUGGUGGAAGUGUCUUAUUCAGAGAUUAUGGACUGUAUGAUCACACAAUGCUUCGAUUUAAAAAUGGCCACAAACUUGGGCCAAACUUCUACGUUCGUCAAGAUGGAACAAGAUCUUUCUUCUUUUCGGAUGGUGAGAUUUGUUACUUAAAACGUUUUUACUGCUUCUAGUUGACUAUCAGAUGGUUAUGGUGGUUGCAUAGUGCAGUACUUGCUUGAAAAUACUUGCUUAUGUGAAGCUAUACUUGAAGAUUUCUUGAACAUUUUUCUUUAUGAAGUUGGUGACUCAAACUGGACUACUAUCACUUGAGUAUCAGCAGGCUCUGGUACAGCUAUGUUCAUCAUUUGGGAAUGUGCA